AUGGGUAUGAUGCUACCCUCACAGGACACUCCUGCAGAGCAAGUGCGCGCCCUCAUGAUCCGCAAAGAGAACAUCGAGGCAGAGCUCGACGCUCAGGCCUCCAUUCUCAAAGCCAACGGGUCCACUCUCAGCUCCUCCCUCCUCGACGCCGAGGGAUUCCCCCGCUCGGACAUAGACGUCUGGGCCGUCCGCCAUGCGCGUGUGCGCAUCAUCGAGCUGCGGAAUGACCUGUCUGCGGUCAGGGACAAGAUCCUGACCGGCCUGCAGGGUGUGUACGACCCAGGAGACGCAGGUGCGCCCGGGCACAGCGGCGAGUCUACGGUGCACGACGCCUCCCCAUCCGCUGCGUCUGCGUCAUCUGCAGCAGAAGUAUCGUUGCAGCCGUUUGCAAAGGUAAACGGAGUUGCGCCCGGCAGUCCGGCAGCAGCGGCCGGGCUCCUAAGAGAAGACCUUGUACUCUCCUUUGGCCCGCUGACGCAUUCUUCGUUCUCAUCCACACUCCAGCCACUUGUAGAGUAUGUAGCGGGGCAUGAAAACACAUUCCAUGCCUGGGGGUACACCUUCAAAAGGCGUGGAUAUCAAGACAUUUUACUUUUGUUUCUUGAGCUUCUCCGACAGCUAUGUACCGUGUGCUACGCUGCUAACACCCCGGCUUUUUCACGCCAAGGAGUGGAUGGGGAGGUCGCGGUCUAUUAG